GUUUCCUUUAGAGGCAUGCAACUCUCUGAAGCAUUCAGAAAGAAACACAGCAAAUGAACACAUCACCUUUGUGUAGUGAAUUUAUAAAUACAACCUAAAUAUCAGAUUUUUUUCCACCUGCUGCUCAUUUCAAACAAAGUUCAAUGGCAACGAUAAGUCCUUCCUUCUUUAUCCUAGGUUUGGUAGUGGUUCUUGUCACAGCACAAGAAUCUUCAACAAACGGCAUGCCCGCAACAAUUUUAAAGGGAGACAAUGCUACCGAACUUGUAACACCUUCAAGCUUCACCAGCAACAUUACCACCAGCAACACCAUCAACAUUACCACCAUCAACAGUACCAACAACAACGGCACCAUCAACAUCACCAACAACAACAGCACCAUCAACAGCACCAACAACAACAACACUGUCAAACCCACUGUAACAAAGAAAGAUGGUGGUAAAAUGACAACACCCCUACGGCCAACAGCCAAACCUGGUGAUACUGAUGAAGCCAACGACAAGGGCAGAGAUAUGACAACCCCUACUCCUGCACCAGACAGUGACAGAACUGGUAUCAUCAUCCUUAUUGUGAUAAUAAUCAUCGCUCUUGCAUUUGGUAUUACCUGCUUCUACGCACGGAAAAGAGGAAGGCGCUACUCAGUUGACCUCACAUCCAGACCAGAUGAAGCAAACAUCCCUCUCAGCACUGUGGAGCCAGAGCUGCUUAUUGAUGCUGUGCCUCAGAAUGGCCUGCAGACCUUUGAAAGUGUAGAAACAAUCACAAAAGAGUCAGAGGCAAAACCUGAGGCCCGGGAGGAGCAGAAAGGUGGUGCUGAUAAAUCUGUUGUCGAACCCAGCGCUGAGUCUGCAGCCCCAGCACCAUCCCCAGACAGCUCUGGGGACAAACCCAAAGAGGAGCCGAGCCCUCCUGCGCUUGUGGAGCCGAGUGGGGACGAGAAAACUGAUGACGAGGGCGCUGCCUCCAACAAGACCUCGGUGGAAUCGCUGAAGGAGCCAAACGAGAACAACAGCAACAAUGCUGACCUCAGUCAGACGACAGAUUUGAUGAUGAACAACAACUUCAGCGACGUUCCACUUGACUGUCCGGUGUGAAAUGCACCACCCCUCUCUGCGCCCUCUCUCCAGGAUCUCGAAUGAAGAAUUGAUCCUAAACUCCGCAAAUGACCACACGGGAAAAGGACGCCUUAGUUCACGCUGUUAAAGAAAUCCUGUCUGAUGUUUAUGGGAAUGGCUGUUUCAAAGUUGAACAUAAGCUGAGCUCUGCUUCAUUGGUACUGAUAACUGAACUUGUUUACUUUCAGUCAAAACUUUCUGUAUUUGCAGACUAAAUAAUGAUAUAUUUAAUACAACUUUUAAACUUUAUUUGACUCCCUUUCUGUUCAACACAUGUUAGUAGUUUAUUUACAUAUUUAACAUAAUUUAUAAGAAACAAUGAUAAAAAUACCAACAAUUUAAACACCUGCUUACCAUAAGUUAAAACUUCAGGGUCAACCUAGGGUUAAUUUAUUUUAAAACACGAAAGUAAAUUUUUUUUUUUUGUUAUUUUAAGGAUGUUCCAAGCAACUAAUUUCCAAGUUGUUUAAAUUGAUAUUUAAGCUCUGACAUAGCAACUUGUCUAAAGGGUAAGAAAAAAAACAGGAAAAAGUCAGAAUUGAGCACAUUUUAUAUAAGGGUUAAACGUGGGAUAACAGAGUCUUCAUGUAAACAAUGUCAAAUUAGUUUGCUGAGUGUGGCUAACGUUAGCAGAGCAAGCAUCACCAGCUUACGGUUAACACUCACAUGCCAGUUAGGCACAGCCUACAUACAACUUCAUCUCCAUUUUCCAGAUAAAAAUACUGCCAAACUGCACUACGCUACAAGAUGCCAUCUGUCAUCUGUGCUUGUUUAUAUCUGGGUAAUAUAGCAUUGAAGCAUAAUGGCAGUAGCCAUUAACCUGGGCUACAGACCCAGCUAGUGGCAGGCUGCAGCGUUACAGCAACCUUUAAAACAAAAACGAUAAGAAGAAGAAUUUCUUUAACCAACUGGUGCAGAGUAGCGAGAAUUAAGAUGUUUAACUGAUUAGUUGACUGAACAUGCUUAAAGCAUGCUCUGUAGUUAGUGCAUCAAAUGUAGUAGUAGAGGAAUUAAUGUUGUUGGCAAAUAAUUCAUAUUUAAACACUUUUAAGUUUUUUUUUUAAAGCUGCUUACAAAUAAAUUAAAUCAUUUAUUAAAUGUGUGUGACGCAUUAAUUAUAUAGGGAAUCUCGGGUACGAAUUGAUUUUCAGGUAUUAAUUAUGUUAUGUAUUAAAUAAUGUAAACACAUUGAUGCUUUUUCACUGAGUGUUAAUACAAGCAUUUGCAUACCAUAGCCAUAAACUGUUAAACCAAAGAUAUGCACGCAGCCAUAUCACCUGAGACUGCUUUUUAAAGAGCUUUCAAUAUAUUGCAAGAUACCAUAAUGCUGUUAAACAUUAAAACAAUUUAGGAAUGCUUCAUAUAUCAAACAUUUAUGGACAUAGAAAUGUCAGAUUUGAAAAAAACAUUUUUGUGUCAGUUUAAGAUGCUGUCUUAUUUUUGUUGAUGCUGCAUUUUGGCUUAUGUUAAUUCCAUUCAUCAUUCAUAGUGUGAUAGUUUCUAUUGAGCUGUGAAAUGUCUGCAGUGAUGAAAAAUGUUACAGUUGAAUAUAUUAAAGGGAAGUAUUAACUUUG